GGACUAUUUUUUUGGAUGCACCCGCGCUCCUUGAACUUUCCCAUACUUAUGCCGCCGUCCUGCUGUUUUUAUUUCUAAUUUUACUUUAAUUUAACCUCAUAAACAUGCCGAUUCUCCCGUCCUCGCUUCUUUUGGGCCGAACCGCGUCGUGUAGGCGCUUGUCACAGAUCCAGAAUUCACAAAUGUUUGCUAAAAUGCGGGCCUUUUCACACUUUGGUUCUUCUCUUGCUAACAUAACGCCAAGGAAACAAUGUACUAGUAAUAAUAAAGUUUCUACACGGUUUUAUUCGAAAAGUUCCGAAAAGAAAACGGUGCGGAUCGGAUGCGCUUCGGGGUUUUGGGGAGACACGGCCACAUCAGUACCUCAGCUGGUCUAUGGGGGGCAAUUGGACUUUUUGGUUUUUGACUACCUCAGUGAGAUCACCAUGUCACUGCUGACCGCCGCCAAGACCAAAGCUCCGAACAUGGGAUACACUCCAGACUUUGUCCAUGUCGCUCUGGCUCCAUUCAUCAACGACAUCCACCAAAAAAGGAUCCGUAUUGUCAGUAACGCUGGAGGAGUCAAUCCACUCGCAUGCGCUCAGGCCAUACAGGAAGUGAUAAAGAAGGCGGGGCUUGAAAUGAAGGUCGCCGUGGUGACAGGAGACGACCUCAUGCCCCACAGGGACAGUCUGACUGAAGUCAAAAUGGCUGACAGCAGUGGUCAGCGCUCCCUCCCCCCAACUCUCCACAGCAUGAACGCCUACCUCGGAGCGGGUCCAAUCCGGCGCUGUCUGGACUUGGGAGCAGACAUUGUGGUGACCGGUCGCUGUGUGGACAGUGCAGUGGCUCUGGGACCUUUAAUACAUUCUUUUGGAUGGGACACAGAACAGUAUGACCUCCUCGCUGCUGGAAGUUUGGCGGGUCACCUGAUUGAGUGCGGAGCUCAGAGCACCGGAGGGAUCUUCACCGACUGGCACAAAGUCAAGGACUGGGAUAACAUGGGGUUCCCGGUGGUGGAGUGCAGUGUGGAUGGGUCUAUGGUCCUAUCCAAACCUAAGGGGACGGGGGGCCUGGUCUCCUUUGGGACUGUGGCCGAACAACUGGUCUACGAAAUCCAAGACCCAAGAAGGUACCUGCUUCCGGAUGUCAUCUGUGACUUCAGCGGAGUCAGGAUACGGGAGGUACCAGGUGUAGAAGGAGGAGCUGUUAGAGUCACUGGGGCCAAAGGACUAGCUCCCUCUCCGUAUUAUAAGGUAUGUGCGACAUACAUGGAUGGGUUCAGAGCCACCGCCGUUUGUCCAGUAGGUGGCCCCAGAGCACCGGAGAAGGCCAGACGAACUGCAGAGAGCAUCAUUAAAAGGACAAAGCGUAUUUUCAAACAGUUGGGUCUGGAGGACUACAGUGCCGUGAACAUCCAGGUGCUCGGAGCAGAAGACACCUAUGGACUCAACGCCAAAUUUAAGGCGUCCAGAGAGGUGGUGUUAUGGAUGGCCGUUCAGCACAAACAGAAGAAAGCUCUGGAGCUGUUUGCAAGAGAAGUGGCUCCAGCAGGAACCGGCAUGGCUCCUGGUCUGACUGGAAUUGUUGGUGGUCGUCCUCGAGUGUCUCCAGUGCUACGGCCAUUUUUCUUUUUACAUCCCAAAUCUGAGCUGAAGGUGGACAUUCACAUGAACUCUGAUUUGGUGGAGUCUUUGUCAGAGUCAGGGCCAGAGUCACAUGACCAGGAAGUGCCAUUAGUGUCCUCAGAAGAAGAACAGGAUGCAGAUUUGCCAAAAGGACCACACAGUUACCGUGUCGAGGAGCUAGCUUUCACCCGCAGCGGAGACAAAGGAGAUUCUGCAAAUAUCGGAGUAAUUGCUCGACAUCCUCUGUUCUUCCCGUAUCUGAAGAAACACCUGACCUCUGCUGUUGUGGAGGAGUACUUCCGCCACAUCUUCGAACCAGGACAAGAGAAUCCUGUGACACGCUACACUCUUCCUGGCAUCUCUGGUCUGAAUUUCGUGUUGAACAGGUGUUUGGGAGGUGGGGGCGUGGCCUCUCUGCGCAGCGACCCACAGGGGAAGGCUUUGGGUCAGAUGCUGUUGGACCUGAAGCUUCGUGGUUUACCUGAUCUCAAGUCUCUGGUUGACGAAGAUGAUUAAAACUCUACUCGGCUACUAUUUUACACAUCGCCCUGGUAACAAUUAAAGCGGACAUAUUAUGCAAAAUCUUCUUUUCAUAAGCUUUUAACCAUGUUCUAAUGGUUUCCCAAUUUUUUGCACACUCAAAGUUGUAUUUUGACUUUGUAUUGUCCUGAAUUUGAGACUUGAGUGCUCGGAAAAUGCCUUUCGCUUAUCCCCCCUUUCCCCAUGUCACAUGGUCAUUUUUGAAAACAUAAACAUUGUAAAUGAAAAUCUGCUGCUUGCUGCAGUGAAGUGCCACUAUGAAGAGGUUCUGAGAUUGACAUGAAGUCAGUUGUCCUGCUUGUCUUAAACAAGUGAAAAACAAAACUAGUUCAUUUGAAACAGUUUGCAGUGGUCCAAAGUUAUUCCUCACUUACCUUAUGCAUUUCAAGCUCCCUAAUUAUUCACCACAAUGAAUUUAUAAGUGUUUUUCACAUCCCUCAGAGACCAGAGCAGAGUUUUUCCAUGACCUAAACGGCAACUAACAUACUAACCGUGUAUUUCAUGAUUCUCUGAAAAUAAAAUGCUUUAUAAUUAGACAGAACACAUCAGACUUAUUUUGACUUCAGGAGCUGCAGAUAACAUGCUACUUAUUGUUAGCAUUACAGUAACAGUCAAACUCCCCUGAAUGUUGUGAAAAUCGCGCAUAAACUUUAAAUUGGGAAUAACGUUGGAUCACUGCAAGCUGUUAAACUAGUUUUCUUUUUCACAUGUUUAAGACCUUCAAAAUCAGGUACAGCACCUUUAAAGAUGGAGUACCUGAUUUGCAAACCACUAAAGAAGGUAUCUAAGUAGUUAUAGGUAUAAAUCUUGUCCCUGGCUCUCAGAAACUCUUUAAUAUUGACAUGAGUUAAUUAUAAGGCUCGUUUACAGCUUAAAGUGGGACUAAACACCUAAACUCUGCCCAAAACCACAUUUCAAACAGAGCUGGUAAAAUGGGCUCUAUCUGGAGGACUAAAGAAGUGAGUGAGAGAGGAGGAGGUAUAAGGAACAGUGUGAUUGGUCUAACAGGUAUUCGCAUUUCAAACCCCGCUCCCGAAGCCAGGUGUUUGUAAUCAGAAACACCUGGCUGUAAUCAGGGCAGAGCCAGGACACACCCAUUUUUAUACAUUUUUAAACACAAAGCUGCAGCUAUACUUAAAUUGCACUAAAAUUGUGAAAAAGGACUGAGAACAGUAGACAAUGCUAUUAAAACAUCAUGUAUACAAUUUAGUAGCAAAAAAAGUUGAUUUCGGUUUAGUUCCACUUGAAGAAUAGCUUUAAAGUUAACAUCUGCAAGUUUAUUAGAUUUUUUUUUUUUUUUACUAGUAGAUAGCAGAUGUGAAACCUGUCCCCCCCCCUCCUACCUGGCCCCUCCCCUCACCUGGACUUUGUUCAGGCUUACUUGGGACAUUUCUCAGUCCCUAUACUUGUACAGACUUGUGUGCGUCACAGGUCCUGUUCCAAUUCAAAGUCCUCUUCUUGGCGAGUCGACUAUAAAUUCCCGGAUGAGAAUUUCCCCCGCCCAUUUUACCAGGGAUGCUUUGGAGCAGACUUACGUGUGCUCGGCCCAGUAUAUUUCCCACAAUGCACUUUACAUAGCGCACCACCGGCAGCCGAUCACUGCGAUCCCUGCUGCUUCCCCUGUGCGCACAAAGAGUACGGAGUCUGCAGACUGGGAAUUGAGAAACAGCCCUGGUCUUCUUCUGUCAGGCCAGAGCUGGCACAAUAUCAGACUGCAGUAAUGUUUAUAGCAUCUAGUGGUGUUAUGUGAGAAUAAAACAGGGGCGAGUCAGCCAGCCUAAUAACAGCUCAUAGCUUUAGCUUUAUAAAUUCUACAAUGACAUUAAUGCAAUCUAUACUCAAACUGCACACAAAAUGGUUUAAGUGCUCUUUUAUAUAAUAAUGCAUUUUAAGUACUGUAUAUCUUCUGUUGUAUAAUCAUGAGGUUAUAGCCAAUGUACAGAUAAUUAUGACUUGACUUUAUUUCAAAUGUUCAAUGUUCCACAGUGAAUCCCACGCUAACCUAUCUUCUAAAUCUAUUCUAAUAUUGGACUAAAUACUUUAGAAAAUCAAGAAUUGUAGCCUAUUCAUGCUAUUAUUGUGUCCUUCAGCGGGACACCUCAGCCAAAUAUUUGCCAGUGAAAAUGUGCCAGAUUCCCUCCCAUCCUCCUGUGUCAGAUGCCUUAAGUAUAUUGUCUAUUAUGAAAUCUAUUAAAAAGGCUACAAUAAGGGAGAUCAACGUAACAUAUCAAACAUACCUGUAGUGUAAUUUUUAAAGGUGCACUACGUAACAUUUCUGGUGGAGGGUGCGCCACUUGCUUGUCUCCUUACUUGGGAGUGGAAUGUUCUGUAGCAUUUGCAUUUGUUCAAUUACAGGUAGAUAUUGCUCAGAAAUACAUUGUAAAACACACAUUCUGAUGGAAGACACCUCUCCACAGAUCUGACCUGUAACUUGGCUUGGUGGCAUAACCUUUCCAGAGACAGAUAUUCUUUAUACCAUACUGUGGAGCAUUCUAGGCAAAGCAACAGUAUCUCCAUGGAGACAAAAUAGGUGGAGAAGAUGCAUAGAGCACUUUAAUAUAAGUGCAUAAAGUGGUCCACUUCACUGUCCAGUCACUUUUUGCGACACUUGACCAGAGGAUCAUUUGUUCCUUUGGAGAAAGUCUGGUCUGGUUUUUAUUAGGACUGAGAGGGCAAAGGUCAAGAGAAACAGGAAGUAUUUGGGUUUCAGGUGUCGAGAGAAAGGUAUUAAGUCCUGAUUUAAUUCUGGUCCUGGUUUAAGCCUAGUUUAGUCCUGGUUUAACGCAAUUACAAAACAAAAAACACUAUACAGUGGCCUUGCUCACAUGCACACCAAAAUCUGUUUCUUGAAGAUUAUUUAAAUGACAUGUUAACUACAAACUCUGAUAUGAGUAAUCACAGGGACCAGGAUCACAAAGAAACCAGAUGAUUUAGGUUUUUAAUUGUGAUUUAAAUAAUCUUAUAACUCAAAAAAGUGUGUGCAUGUAACGGCAGCCACUGAUUCACUGGUUCACAAUAAGUAGUCUGUAAAGUACAAUAAAUAGUAUUGAAAAAGAAAUUGUAGCAUAAAUAAAUACAUAGAAAUAAAUAAAUAUAAACCCACUCAACUGGUGCUAUCCAAAACUUUCAGAAUACAUGCCUUGUUUUUCAAACAACUGAUUUAGUUUUGUUUUUUUCCCACAACUGAAUUAUUCUCAUUGUUGUGAUUGAAAUGAUUGUAAAGAAAAUAUGUUAAAUAAAUGUAAUUUUUUUUCCAACCACUAAUUAUCUGCAUAUUUUUAUGGAAUGAAAAGUUAUACACCACAACUAAACUGCAAAUCACAAAACAAAACCAUCAGCUGUACUUACAGUAAAUUAGUUGAAUCCAGAAUACGGGUUUUUUUUUCUUAGUUCUCAUGUGUAUAAUGUGAAGCAAAGUGUUUUAGUAGUAGUUGUUGGUGUUGUACUAGGCCUAGUAGUAGUUGUAGUGGUAGUAGUACUAGAAGUAGUAACAGUAGUAGUACUAUUGGAAGAUGUAGUAGUAAUAAUUGUAGUAGACGUCUGUUUAUGGCUGAGUGACUGUGUCUGGUGUGAAAAUGCUCAUCGACAGCUGUUAGCACGCCAUCACUAACGCUACCCCAGACGCUAACGAGGCUAACGACGCCUGUUCUUCCUGUCAAAACAGCCACCUCUACUGAAGGUCAAAGGUCACGGGCACCAAUCUGACCCCAGUGCCGCAAGAUUGAGUACGAGCCAGCAUCCCUGAAUGCAUUAUGUAGUACUUUACUUAAACUUACUUACUGAUUUUUUUUAUUUAAUAAUAGAGGUGCUCAAUAUAUCAUGAAGUAAAAGAAUUGUAAUUUGAAUUAGUUUAUCAGUUCAUAUUUCAGUUUUCACUUAAAUGUUAAUGCUCCUGAAGUUAUUUACAAUGUGUACUCUUAAGACAAUCAUAUAAGAAUAGAGAUACAAAUAGAGUUAAGUCCUGCCUUAGACCUGGUUGAGUUCUGCUUAAGUCCAGCCUAUGGUUCUUAUUUUAACCAUACCAAGUCAAAGGGGUAAAACAAAGAUAAACCAGGUGAACCAAGGUCUAAACCAGGACUAAAUCAGGACCAUUCUGAACUAAGUCAGGUCUAAACUACAACUUAAGCAGGACUAUUUGAAUGAACUUGGACAAUACUAGGCGUAAACUGGGUCUAAACCAGGAAUAAACCAGGAUUAAAUGAGAAUAAGUCAGAUUUUAAGACUAAACCAAGUCUAAACUGGAAAAGGCAGGACAAAACCUAAACUAAAUUAAGACUAUAGGACUAAACCAGAUCUCACUUUAACCCAUUAGUAAUCCUGGUUUCCGUGGUGAUGGCUCAUUUGCAUAUUCCAUUCAUGUUUUGGUUCAUUUGUCACUUUGUUCCCACAAUCCUUGGUGUCUGAAGCCAUUUAUCAAAUCGACAAGGCUUUGUUUCAGUUUACAGCAUUUUUAUUUUUUUUUACAUUUUUAACCCUUAAACAAUACUGUUUUUUAUUUUACAAAAUCCCUCACCAAAUGUAUUGAGUGCAUUAUUUUGGUCACACUGUGUUCUGUUCAUUUAUUUAGCCUAAAAUGUUUUCUUGAGUGGCUAGCUCAAGUAUUGUUUUUUUGUUUUUCUUCAGUUUUCUGCAACUAUAACUUUAUUAAACUUUAUUUCCAGU